AUGUACAUACACAGAAAUACACACGCACAGACACAUGUACAUACACAGACACAUGUACAUACAUGCACAGACACAUGUACAUACAUGCACACACACAUGUACAAACAGACACAUGUACGUACAUACACACACAGACACAUGUACACACACAUACAUGUACAUACACACGGACACAUGUACAGUUACACACAGACACAUGUACAUGCAUACACACACACACGCUGUUAAACACACACAGCCCUAUAAAAAGUUGCAGUACUGCGUUGUUCACUCACAGAGCUGGGUACUGCACUCUAGGGGGAGGCAGAGAGCACAUCACACACUCCUUCCUUUGCUUUCACUGCGCUCAGCUAUUGAGCAGUCUGACAGCUCCCAGUGCCAAUGACAGAUCCGGUCUGAGCUCCGUGCCUGCUCAGCAAGACGGCCCUGGGGACACACUCGCCCCCACCAUAAUUUCCACUCGCCAUUGGCGAGCAGACGAGUGGAAAUUUCAAGGCCUGGUCUAGAGGAUGCAUAUUU